GGGAGACGCAGCCUGCCAUGGAGAAGGAUACAAAUAUGAGGAGCUGUCGGCACUUUAUAAACAGAGGGAGAAGAGCGUGUUCAAAGCAGAUUGUGGCAGCAUUUUCAUCCAUUCAGGUAGAUGCAGGUCACUAUACUGAUUAAAUGCAGUUUCUGCAGAAUGAUGAGAGACAAGAACCUGAGUGGUGGAACCUGAGACCUGGCAGCCAAACUCUGAGACAUAUGAGCUCAUCGCUUCAAGCUUCUCCUGUGGUUACAGUGAUCUACAUGGCAACCGUGGCCGGGAACAGCCUCGUCAUGGUGCUAAUUGUAGCUGAUCAGCACUUUCACACCCCCAUGUAUUUCUUCCUGGGGAACUUGUCCUGCUUGGAGACCUGCUACACUUCCACCAUCCUGCCCAGGAUACUGGUCAAUCUCCUGACUGGAGACAGAACCAUCUCAGUCAGUGGCUGCAUCACACAGCUGUAUUUCUUUGGUGGUCUGACAAUUCAGGAGGAACUGCCCAGACUCAGGCCUGAUCUACACUACAAAAUUAGGGUUUGUUGGAUACAUCUCAUGGCAAAGGCAAGCUGGGAUAAUAAAACGUCUGUCACGGAAUUCAUCCUCCUGGGAUUCGGAGAUCUCCCUGAGCUGCAGACCCUUCUCUUCCUCCUGUUUCUGGUGAUCUACAUUGUCACCAUGGCUGGGAACAUCCUCAUCUUUGUGCUUGUUGUGACUGAUCAGCACCUUCACACUCCCAUGUACUACUUCCUGGGGAACCUGUCCUGCUUGGAGACCUGCUGCAGCUGCACCAUCCUGCCCAGGGUGCUGGCCAGUUUCUCAACAAAGACAACUGAAAUG